UUCUACAGCAAUGCGACCGAAACACCCUCCCAACACAUCGACUCCCCAGCGCGGAAAAUGAAGCCAUACACAUGCAUUCUCCCGUUCUUGAUACCCGUAUCCAUCCAUGCAGCAGCAACAGCAUGCUACGCCCCGAAUGGAGCAAUCGUCCAAGACACGCCCUGUAGCACAACAUCCACGCACUCCACUUGCUGCCGUCUCGGAUACGCCUGUCUAUCCAACAACCUCUGCGCCCUCACAUCGCACGCGCCCCCCGAGUUCGCGGAGAAUUCCCCAACGCUGCUGCGCUCGAGCUGCACGGAUAAGUCAUGGGCGAGUGAAGACUGCCCAUCUAUGUGCACCAAUGGCACUGCGGGCGAUAAAUUGGGGCAGGGUGGCACGCCGGUGAAGCAGUGCGAUGGCGCGGGGAGGACGAAUCGGUAUUACUGCGCAAACGACCAGACGAAGAACAUUAAAGAGGGGGAAUUAUGCACGAACGCGACGUUGCAUGUUGAAUUUCCCGAAGCCGUUUCGACCCUUACAGUCAUCGGAGUCAGCGCGACUUCAUCACCUCCCUCGCAAUCCACCUCGACACCGCAGAACACCGCUUCCACAUCACCAAAAGCAUCUAAAAAACCUCAUUCCUCGUCAACGGAAACCACAUCGCUGGGAUUAGGACUAGGACUUGGCUUAGGGAUACCGCUGUUGCUUGGCAUUGCCGCCGCUAUCUUCUUCUUUGUCCGUCGCCGCAGUGGAAAACAGCAAGCGCAACAGCAUUAUCAACACCAAUUAGACACAGCGAAAGGUCCGUAUUCGCAGAUGGAAGUCUACCGGCACGAGAGCGGUGAGCCGAGGGGCAUGGAGUUGAACGCAACGUCGUCUGCUAUCCACGAGAUUGAUUCGGGCUCGAUGCAUGAGCUUCCUGGUCGGAAUGUGAUGUGA